AACACCAGGAUUACUUCACUUCCCUUUGUGGACACUAAGGGGAAGAAGAAUAUGGUAAGCUUCCCACGCAUUAGCAACAAAGUCCUGCUGACGUCAUCCCUGCUGUAUCAGGAGAAUCAAGCUCACAAUCAGAUGCCGACCUCAGAGCUCAAGGCUUCAGAAAUACCUUUCCACCCUAGCAUUGAAACCCAGGAUUCCAAGGCAGAGGAGAAGUCACCAAGGAAGCACAAGGUGCCUCUGACAGCAGCAGUGUUUUUCACACAGAGGCCCUAAAGCUUUUUAAGAACCAGCUCUCUCCGUAUGAGCAAAGUGAAAUCCUGGGCUACACGGAGCUAUGGUUCCUGGGGCUUGAAGCCAAGAAGCUCAACGUGGCUCCUAAGAAAUUCAGCAAGACGAGUUUUGAUGAUGAGCACGGCUCCUAUCUAAAGGUCCUGCAUGAUCACAUUGCCUACCGCUAUGAGGUUCUGGAGAUGAUCGGGAAAGGGUCCUUUGGACAGGUGGCCAAGUGCUUGGAUCACAAAAACAAUGAGCUGGUGGCCCUGAAAAUCAUCAAGAACAAGAAGAGAUUUCACCAGCAGGCCCUGGUGGAGCUGAAGAUCCUGGAGGCUCUCAGAAGGAAGGACAGAGACAAUGCCUGCAAUGUGGUGCACAUGAAGGACUUCUUCUACUUUCGCAAUCACUUCUGCAUCACCUUCGAACUCCUGGGAAUCAACUUGUACGAGUUGAUGAAGAAUAACAGCUUUCAAGGCUUCAGUCUGUCGAUAGUCCGGCGCUUCACUCUCUCUGUUUUGAAGUGCUUGCAAAUGCUUUCCGUGGAGAAAAUCAUUCACUGCGAUCUCAAGCCCGAAAAUAUCGUGCUGUACCGAAAGGGCCAAAUCUCUGUCAAAGUCAUUGACUUCGGAUCCAGCUGUUAUGAAAACCAGAAAGAAUACACGUACAUCCAAAGCCGGUUCUACCGAUCCCCAGAGGUGAUCCUGGGCCACCCCUACGACAUGGCCGUUGACAUGUGGAGCCUGGGCUGCAUCACGGCAGAGCUGUACACGGGCUCCCCCCUGUUCCCAGGGGAGAAUGAGGUGGAGCAGCUGGCCUGCAUCAUGGAGGUGCUGGGCCUGCCGCCAGCCCGCUUCAUUCAGACGGCCUCCAGGAGACAGACCUUUUUCGAUUCCAAAGGCUUACCUAAAAGUAUAACCAACAACAAGGGGAAGAAAAGAUACCCAGACUCCAAGGACCUCACGAUGGUGCUGAAAACCUAUGACACCAGCUUCCUGGACUUUCUCAGAAGGUGUUUGGUAUGGGAACCUUCUCUUCGCAUGACCCCGGACCAGGCCCUCAAGCAUGCCUGGAUUCAUCAGUCUAGGAACCUCAAGGCCAGGCCCCAGAACCUGAGGAAAUCCAGUUUUGUUUUCUCCUCUGAGACAAGGAAGAACAAGGUUCAAGGCUGUCAUCACUUGAGCAAAAAAGCAGAUGAGAUCACCAGAGAGGCUACAGACAAAACAAAAGAUGGCCCCGUGAAGCAUAUUCAGCAUUCAGGUGAUCAGCAGGACUCUCGCCAGCGCACAGCUGACACUGUUCAGCUGCCUCAACUGGUAGAAGCUCCCUCGAAGUCAGAGGCAGCUGUUGGGGCAGAAGUGUCCAUGACCCCCACGGGACAGAGCAAAAAUUCCUCCCCAAAGAACACAAACAUUUUGCCCCCCAUCGUAUGACCUUCGCUGAGGGCGUGCCCUGCUCCUUUCCACCAGGGAUUUGCAUUAAGCAGCACUUAACGUUGGACAAUACUUCAGACUGUUGCUUUUUAAUACAGAAAAGUUUAUUUAAAAAAACUCUA